CAUACACUACAUUUUGACCAUGAAUACUGUAUGCAUAUAAUGCUGAUGUCCUUCGUAUAGCGGAGAACGGAUUCUAAUUGAUGCAUGUCAAGCUCGUGCAGAAUGGAUGCAGCUGCGCGCGUGCAUAAGUGAUGCGGGGUUUGACACGCAGAAGUCAUUGAUUGGAAUGAAGCUCAUUGGCUGGAUCGCUGGACAUUUUAACAAACUGAUAUAUUUAUAACUGCAUCUCAAACUUGUUUUCAUGAGGUUAUGUCGCAGCACAUCAGUCAUCAUAUCACUCCUCCGUUUGAGGCAUGUAGGACGUCGAUGAUCCAUCGACCACCUAAAAUGGCCCCGUUAUUAGUUGUCAAACUGCACACCCACCCUUAACAUAAAUUGCUGUUGGGCCCAACAGAGCCAUGGUCAAUCAGAGAAAAGCUGUGCCUCGCCUCCUCUGUCAUGAAGAGUGGAGACCAAAACUGGGUGUCUGUGAGCCGAGCCAUUAAGCCAUUUGCCGAGACUGGACGACCCCCUGACUGGUUCUCUCAAAAGCAUUGUGCAUCACAAUACUCUGAGCUCCUGGAGACCACCGAGGCCCCUAAGAGAAAGCGAGGUGAGAAAGGGGAGGUGGUUGAGACAGUGGAGGACGUGAUCGUCCGCAGGCUGACGGCAGAGAGGAUAGAGGAGUUGAAGCGACUGAUCAAGGAGACACAAGAGAAGCACAGGAAACUGAAGAGAGAAGCUGAGCUCAUCCAGGCAGGUCAUCUGGACUCCAAACUCAAGGAGCUAUGGGAGGAUAUUGUACGGAGCAGAAAACAAGAGGAAGAGGAAGCUGAGGUGAAGAGAAAGGCCACAGAUGCAGCAUUCCAGGCCAGGCAGGCUUUGAAGAACACUCCUAAACGUGUGCCCAGUGUGACUGUGCGCUCUCAUUCAGGGGCCUUCUCUCCCAGCCUGGAUUUCCCCAUCGGAGACUCAUCUGAAGAGCCCAGCACCGCUGGGGCAGGGUCGACAGUGUUUGUGCCCCUGGCAGAGUUGCCAGGCCCUGGAGUGGUAGAAGCGAGUUUGGGGUCGCUGCUAGAUGAAGCAACUCAGAAGAAGCUUUUGGGUCAGAAAAUCACACCGCCCCCCUCCCCUCUCCUCUCAGAAUUGCUGAAGAAAGGCAGCCUUCUGCCCACCAGCCCCAGACUGGCAGUUGAAGGAGAAUCUCCAUCAAGUCAACUUACAGGAUGUCAGGAUAUUCAGAUGAUGACUUCUUCACUACCUGCCUCUCAGGCAGCUACAGGUGCUCCUACACUGUCUCGUCUGCUGGAAGCUGGCCCCACCCAUUUUUCCUCUCAGCUGAGCUCACUGGCCACUGUAGACUCCACCCCCAGCGCAACCACCUCUGCAGGGGACACCCCUGACCCGCUCAGCACAGGAGGUGACGGGGCCCAUAGUGCUUCAGUUGAUAAUAAGGAGGCAGUUUUAGGGGAAGAGGACCUGGUGACUGUGUCCUAUAUGGCAGAGGAGCUGGACUUAGAGACAGUCGGGGACAUCAUAGCCAUUAUUGAAGAGAAGGGCAAUGAGAAUGCAGAGGCACUGGAUGCCGCAGCAGUAGAAGCUGCUCUGUCUCUAUGUGAGGACACAGGUCACACCCUGGAAGGAUCCUGGGAGCCCAACCUGUUCAGGCCUAUUGGUCCCGAGCCCUCCAGCACUGCAGAAGACUUGGCCCUUGACUCUCUGCAUCAAUUGGAGGGAAAAAGAGAGUGUCCAGACACAUGUGGAUUCAGCAGUGGCUGCCCACAGGUGUACCCAAUGGCCUCCCCCAUUGUCCCAUCUGUUCCUGAAGACCCCACCCCAACACCAGGAGCCCACUCCAAACCAGAGGACUCUAGACAAGAACACACAGAUGAGGGCCACGAGGAAAAGCCAGAAUCACUUCAUCCUGUGAUCAAGAGUGAGAGCGAUGGAUGGACACAGUCUCAAUCAGAUACCCGUUCUGAAGAUGACCCUGCGGUAGAACAGCAUUCAAAGGAUGUGAAAGAGGAGGAGGAAGCCAUGAGUGAUGCGGAGGAAGGUAGUGUGUUGAAGAUGAAAGCGGGAUUAGAAGGGCAUGGAGCUGAGGAUUGUGGUGGAGAGGAGGAUGGAGAGGGUGUUUAUCUCUCCGAGGCAGAGGGAGAGACAGAGUUGGACCCUCCAGCAAGCGAGAGCGAGGAUGGAUACAGCAUGCGCACGGCAUCUUCUUCCCUACAGCUCCACACCACUGCAGACUCUAUUCCAAGCAGCCCUGCCUCCUCACAGUUCUCCAUCUGCAGUGAAGAUCAAGAGGCUAUUCUGGCUCAGAAGAUCUGGAAGAAAGCCAUUAUGCUGGUGUGGCGAGCGGCAGCAAACCACAGGUAUGCAAAUGUCUUCCUGCAACCGGUGACGGAUGACAUCGCCCCCGGUUACCACAGUAUUGUGCACAGGCCGAUGGAUCUGUCCACCAUCAAGAAGAACAUCGAGAAUGGGCUGAUACGCACCACUGCCGAGUUCCAGCGCGACAUCAUGCUGAUGUUCCAGAACGCGGUGAUGUACAACAGCUCAGACCAUGACGUGUUCCACAUGGCUCUGGAAAUGCAGAGGGAUGUCCUGGAGCAGAUUCAGCAGUUCCUGGCCACACAGCUGAUCAUGCAGACCUCAGAGUCAGGCAUCAGUGCCAAGAGCCUGCGCGGGAGAGAGGCUAACCGCAAACAGGACUCCAACGACAAGGACUGUGUUCCCAUGGCCUCUCCUGCAUUCCUUCUCUCUCUUUUUGAUGGAGGCACCAGAGGGCGACGAUGUGCUAUAGAAGCCGACCUGAAAAUGAAGAAAUGAGUGGUCUUCCUUUUAAAAGCUUACAAAUGACAGAGAGUGAUGAUGAAGACUACAUAUGUCUGAACCACAUUGCUUACUUCCCCGUACUGUCCCCACACUACAACAGCAGCCAAAUUCACAAUGGUUUGACUGGAAUGUUAAUUGAUUAUGUGAACAGUGAAGAGACGCUUGGUGUUCCAGUGUGCAAUUAUAAAUAUAGCCUACUGUAUAUAUCUUUGUUUGUCUUUAUGUAAUGUUGUGAGAUGUGUUGUAUUGUGUUUUGUGUACGAAUAGUGCCUUUAUGGGUAUUGACGAAUGACUGGAGAAUAAACCUGUGAUGAAUGGAUGGAGAAUUGAAAUUUAAAACCCCUUACAAAAAAUAUAAACUAGCUGCAAAUUUGCCGCUCUUUAUUUUCACAUGCAAAUGAGCUUGCGAUUCGCCACAAAUGUUUGCAGCUCUUCACCGGUAGUGGUGAACCUCUGGCAAACCUUUGGCAACAAUGGACAAUUUGCCGCAAAGCUCAUUUGCACGUUAAAAUUAUCUGUGGUGAAUUUGCGGCAAAUUUGCAGUGAACUCUCAUUUUUUGUAAGGGACCCUUUUUUAGGAGAUAACAUUGACAGUUAUGACCUACGCUUUACUGAUAUUCAUGAUACGGUCACAAACAAUCAACAAGUGUACUGUAUUUUAGGAUUCCCGCCCCUUUUGACCAAUGAAUUCCCAUGAAUAAUUGUUUGAUAUUUCCGAAAACCAACUUUUAAAAAUCAUGUUGUUUCAGACUGAUUUGCUAAUUAAACAUUCAGAUCAAUUUGUGAACCAUUUCUACGAACUGAAAAGAACCUACUCAAAACAGUGAUCAUUUAUACAGUACUGUGCAAAAGUCUUAGGCGCAUUAUAUAUUUUUCACAAAACCAUAUGUAAAAUGGUUAUUUUAUAUAUUCUGCUCAGAGCCUGAAUCUCAACAUCAUUGAGUCAGUCUGGGAUUAUAUUAAGAGACAGAAGCAAUUGAGACAGACUAAAUAGAUAGAGGAACUGUGGCACGUUCUCCAAGAAGCCUGGAACAACCAAUCUGCCGACAACCUAGAAAAAACUGUCCAGGAGUACCUAGGACAAUUGGUGCUGUUUUGAAGGAAAAGGUGGUCACUCCAAACAUUGAUUUAGCUUUUUUUUUUAUGUUUACUGAACUUUGUAUGACAUUUACUGAUAAACAAAAACUAUUUAUGUCAUUAUUUUUGAAGACAUCCUCACUAUGCAACAUAUUUCACAAGUGCCUAAAACUAUUGCACAGUACUAUAUAUUGUGAUGUAACGCAUAUUUUUAGGUGAUUAAGCAGCACUGGGAAAAAAUGUGUAUUUCAUUAUAGUAAUUUCCUUUAGGACUUAAUUCAUUCUCAUGGCUUUCCCAGCCUGGAAAACUAUUUUAAAAUUCCCUCAUGUUUCCAUGACCGUGGGAACUUUGGCAUUUAAGCCCAACAUAAAAAUCACUGACCUGUGAAAAAAACAAAACAUCAAAUAGAGAAUCAUAGACCAUAGAGAGCAAGUGUUUGAUCAAUGAUUUAUUUAAGCGACACAAAAUUGCACUCAUUCCAAACAAAACUUCCAACUUGUUUGGGUACUGCAUGGAAGCAACGUUACAAUACCACAACUGCCAAGAACUCUCCACAUCACAUCCAGUGUUAUUUCUCAACACAUCUCAGAUCAGGACUCCUUCUGUAGCACUUCUGAACAUCUAAAUUUUCAUGCUCAAUUUUGUGCUCAAAAGUUAAGUGUUGUCAUAUUUAAAGGGACAUGAGGGAAAACAUGAAUUCUAGUUCUAGUAAUCUGACACGAGUUACAGUUAUUAGACUAGUUACAAUUACUGAUAUUAUGUAAACUGCGCUGUUAUCAUCUUCGACCUCUUACCAAGCAGGGAGAACGAUCAUGGAUGGAUCCCAUGGAACUGUUGCAUGCAAUACACAAAAGCAUUAGACAAAUUAAGGUGUUCAAUUCUAAAUCAAAUACUGCUAAUGAAAAACACUGAGGUAAUGGUUUUUAGCAAGUUUGUCAGUGCACUAAACAAUCCUCCCUCUUUAAAAAAAAAAAAAAAAAAAAGUUGGUU